AUGCCUUGCCGUGCAGCUCCUCCUCCACCACCACCGCCACACUCGACCCUGGAUCUUUCACCUUCUCCAGCAUCGCUUUCAAAUCCACUCGUCUACCGGUUACGAACGUGCUGCCUUCAAGAGUUUCUUCCAAAGGUGUCAAUCGUCCAAAAAAAAUCAUCGACAAGACCCUAUUGCUCCUGUUUCAGUUCGUCAUCCUUCCAUCGACAUAACUGCGACAACAGCAGUACUUCCCACUCUUCUUCUUCUGCCAUCCCUUCCAGUCGUCACUCUCGCUCGGUUGCAACACAAUUGAGCCUAUUGUUGAAUGAUGGCUCUACCAACGCAUCAACCAUUCUCUCUGCAUCAUCCGCUUACCAUAUCAGCGAUGAUUCCUCCCUUCUCGACUCACAGGAAUCUACCCCUUCAAGUCUAUCUACAAUUCUCUCACGGUGGCAGCCACCAGCAUCCAGUAUCCCACUUACUCAAUUGCAGCCAGCCCUUGCUCACCGUCUCCUUAAAUGGGCAUUAUCAAAAGAUCUAGUAAAAUUGCCAAUGAAAAAAGAGCAAGGACCAGAGGGCGCUAAAGAUACUGAUGUCGACACGGCUAUCGAUCAAACAUUGGGAGACAAUCAGGCUCAGCAACAGUCUACAUCGCUCGCCGUUGCAGGGCAGGGUUACGCCACUGCUCACGAUCUUGUAUGGCCCGAAGGUGAUUAUUUCAUGGCCAAAAAGACGUUCAUCCGCGAGGGGGUUGCACAUUUAAAACGUGGACGACGUUACAUAUUUGUGGAACCUGUCCUUGGUCCUGCAACGUCUUACUUGUACCCAAAGUGGACAGACAUUGCCACAGAGGGCCCAGUCGACGAUGCACAUGAUGCCGCUAGUGUAGAUGAUCAGUCUCUGUAUGAAAGAGGAGCUCGGUCUGAAUACAAUGCAAGCAUCAAUACUCAGGGAAACGAUGCAGCUCUUGAGCAGGAACGGGAGCAAUAUGAGGACGAGCAACAACAACAGCAGCAACAGCAUAAAAAUGACGAUGUCCAAGACGUGCACGACGAAAAUUUGUCCUCUUCGUCUACAGAGGAGAGGCAGCAGGAGGAAGGGGGAGAUAAGGAAACAGACAAUGGGAAAAUGGAUGACGAGACGGAAGACCGUGCACAGUCCAGACUAGCCGACAAAGGGGUGCUUCCUUGUGAUAACAUAGAACGUAUUGAGAAGGAGGAGACAGAUGAUAUCAGAGGCGACAGUAACCCUACCACUACUGCUUCUGCUGUUGCUAGCUCCACUACCAACAACGCUUUGGACAACGCAAACAACACAACUGGCUCUAGCACAAGCACUAGCACAAGCACAAGCACAAAUGCCAACAGCACUAAUUCCAAUCCCUCGUCUCCAUAUGAUGAUGACACACAUCAUCGACAUCACCAUCAGCUUCUUCACCCAUUCGAAUCGUUGGAACCUUAUUCGCCCCUCUUAGAUCCAUCUACGGAUGGUCAGGAUCAAUUUGAGUAUGGACUCUAUGAGCUCCAGUACAUCCCCAACAUCCACCACCUAUUGCCUCACCAGUUCCUGCCUACACGUGAGUCCUUCAUUGUCCAUUUGGAUGAGGACCGUCCCACAUUGGCUUCACCAGUUCCCAUCCAUUCAAAACGCAGUGAAUGUCGGUGUCAGCUCAUGAUGCGCAAGGUUUUGAUGCAGCGUGAUCUUCUCCAGGUAUGGCCUCCUGUUCCACCUGUCCGAACCCUUCAAGAGCGACAGCAAGAAGCCGAAGAAGAAGCUCAUAUGAUGAAGAUCAAGCAAAAAGUACAGAUGCAAACCAAGAACUGGAGAGAAACUCUUCACACUCAAGUUGUCGCCUGCGGUUAA